UCAUAGCUCCGCAGAUCGUCAGCGAGUGUAGGCUGCUCAGUUCCCUAAGUUCUCCAACAAGUGAAAGUUGCCAGAGAUACAAUAUACAAGAUAAUAAAUCAGUAAUCUGUUAAGUCCGUUUAAUCAGUGAGUUACAGCUCCGUCCCGCGAGUGAUUUUCCUGUGUUUUAAUUGCUAUAAAGGAACUCUCCUCGUCGGUGAUUCGUCGCCCCCAACACACAGUCAAAGUGAAUUAUCUAAAGCAGUAUAUCGACGAUAUCCGCAGGAUUAUCGAGGAGAAAAUGUCACUCAAUCCGAACGGGUAUAAACUGUCCGAGAGGACGGGCAAACUGACGGCAUAUGAUCUCAUGCCCACCACAGUUACCGCUGGACCGGAGACCCGGGAGUUCCUGCUGAAGGUAAUCGAUGUGCUUUUGGACUUUGUAAAGGCCACCAACGACCGGAAUGAGAAGGUCCUGGACUUCCACCAUCCCGAGGACAUGAAGCGCCUCCUGGAUCUGGACGUUCCCGAUCGCGCUUUGCCACUGCAGCAACUCAUCGAGGACUGUGCCACCACGCUGAAGUACCAAGUCAAGACGGGACAUCCCCACUUCUUCAACCAGCUGUCCAAUGGUCUGGACCUGAUCUCCAUGGCCGGCGAAUGGUUGACGGCCACGGCCAACACCAACAUGUUCACCUAUGAGAUUGCUCCAGUUUUCAUCCUGAUGGAGAACGUGGUGCUGACCAAGAUGCGUGAGAUUAUCGGCUGGUCAGGUGGCGACUCGAUUCUGGCCCCCGGAGGUUCCAUCUCCAAUUUGUAUGCCUUCUUGGCGGCCCGUCACAAGAUGUUCCCGAACUACAAGGAGCACGGCUCGGCGGGAUUGCCUGGAACCCUGGUGAUGUUCACCUCGGACCAGUGCCAUUACUCGAUUAAGUCUUGUGCCGCCGUUUGCGGACUGGGAACCGAUCACUGCAUUGUGGUGCCCUCGGAUGAGCACGGCAAGAUGAUCACCUCUGAGUUGGAGCGCCUGAUCCUGGAGCGCAAGGCCAAGGGGGACAUCCCGUUCUUCGUGAACGCCACUGCAGGCACCACUGUCCUUGGGGCCUUCGAUGAUAUCAACACGAUCGCAGAUAUCUGUCAGAGGUACAACUGCUGGAUGCAUAUCGAUGCUGCUUGGGGCGGUGGAUUGUUGAUGUCGCGCAAGCAUCGUCAUCCCAGAUUUACUGGAGUUGAGCGCGCCGAUUCGGUCACCUGGAAUCCCCACAAGCUCAUGGGAGCCCUGCUCCAGUGCUCCACGAUCCACUUCAAGGAGGAUGGCCUCCUCAUCAGCUGCAACCAGAUGUCGGCCGAGUAUCUGUUCAUGACCGAUAAGCAGUAUGAUAUCAGCUAUGAUACCGGAGACAAGGUUAUCCAGUGCGGUCGGCACAACGACAUCUUCAAGUUGUGGCUCCAGUGGAGGGCCAAGGGCACCGAGGGCUUCGAGCAGCAGCAGGAUCGCCUCAUGGAACUGGUCCAAUACCAGCUGAAGCGAAUCCGGGAGCAGUCCGACCGCUUCCAUCUGAUUCUCGAGCCGGAGUGCGUCAAUGUCUCGUUUUGGUACGUGCCCAAGCGGCUGAGAGGAGUACCACACGAUGCCAAGAAGGAGCAGGAGCUGGGAAAGAUCUGCCCCAUCAUCAAGGGCCGCAUGAUGCAAAAGGGAACACUGAUGGUGGGCUAUCAACCCGACGAUCGGCGACCCAACUUCUUCCGCUCGAUCAUCUCAUCGGCGGCGGUCAACGAGGCGGAUGUGGACUUUAUGCUGGACGAGAUCCAUCGUCUGGGCGACGACUUGUAAGGGGUUUCAGCAUGGUUCGGUUCGGUUCCGCUUAGAUUGGUAAUGGUAGAUCGCACAACCAAGAAGUAUCAUUAAGGUAAAAGCAUAUCAGGAGACCGCUACGAAAAACCCACAAAUUUGAGAGCAGGGUAUUCGAAUCCAGCUAAUCAUCAGAGUUCAAUGUUGAAUGUACAUUUGUUUGUAUCUAUAACGUGUUGCUAGAUGUUCCUUUACGAUUUCUCAUCCCGUUAUCCGUUAAACGUUAUUCGUUAACCGUCGUUAUCCGUUCGUCCCGGAGUUGACAAAAAAAAAAGCUAUGUAUGUAUAAUCGAGGCGUUUCAUUUCCGUUCGUUGGCAACUAUAUCUAAAUCGAAGGACAGAGAGGAGAAUCUAUAAGUAAUAUUUGAAUAUCUAUAUGUAUCCGCAAAUAACGAUGGAA